AUGGCGGACCUCGACCCAAGGACGAAUACUGAGGAUCGUCUGGAGCCUAUUGGAGAAACCCAACCUAUCUUGAUAGGAAGGGAGCCCGCCCAGACCACCCUCAUCGCCAGGGAGCUGAACCCGGAGGUGGAAAAGGAGCUGAGGGCAUUCCUAUGGAAAAAUCGGGAUCUGUUUGCAUGGACGGCAGCUGAUAUGCCGGGCAUCCAUCCCGCAGUAAUGUGCCAUAAGCUUUCGCUUUUCCAGAACGCCCGCCCAGUGGCUCAGAAAAAAAGAAGAAUGGGCGAAGAAAAACGACAAGCUGUGGAGGAGGAAGUGGGGAAGCUGAAGAAAGCUGGAUUUGUUCGGGAAGUCACGUACACGACGUGGUUAGCUAAUGUGGUUAUGGUGAAAAAGGCCAGCGGAAAAUGGCGCAUGUGCACUGACUACACGGACCUGAACAAAGCCUGCCCGAAAGAUUCACACCCCCUACCCAGUAUAGACGCCCUUGUGGACGGCGCUUCUGGACAUCGGAUAUUAAGUUUUCUGGAUGCAUACUCCGGAUACAACCAGAUACCCAUGUACGGGCCAGACGUCGAGAAGACGACCUUCAUGACGGAGAAGUCUAACUUCUGUUAUGAGGUCAUGCCGUUCGGCCUGAAAAACGCCGGGGCGACAUACCAGCGCUUAAUGGACAGGAUUUUCCAGGAACAAAUAGGCCGGUGCAUGGACGUGUAUGUGGACGACAUGGUAGUCCGGUCCACAGAUGGAGAGGGACACCUUAGAGACCUUGAGGAGGUGUUUCGACAAGUAAGGAAGUUCGGCAUGCGCCUAAACCCCGCCAAGUGUACAUUUGGGGUAGCCGCCGGGAAAUUCUUGGGCUUCAUGUUGACCUCCAGGGGGAUCGAGGCCAACCCGGAUAAAUGUGAAGCUAUACUACAAAUGCAAAGUCCGACCACCCUUAAAGAAAUUCAAAGAUUGGUCGGACGCCUCACCGCUCUGUCCCGCUUUAUCCCCAACCUGGCGGAUAGGAUGAGGCCGGUCCUGCGAAAAUUGAAAAAGGGGGCCGGACCGCCCUGGGAUGACGAGUGCGAACGAGCAUUCCAAGACGUAAAAACCAUCCUUGUCAACCCACCAGUAAUGAACCGCCCGGUCCCAGGAGGGGAUCUGCACAUUUUCCUGGGAGUGUCAGAAACGGCCAUCAGUGCCGUACUAAUGCAAGAACGGCCUCAGCCGAGGUUAGUUUAUUUCGUGAGUCGCACGCUCCUAGACGCCGAAACCCGAUACCAACGAGUAGAGAAGGUGGCCUUAGCUUUGUUGCACGCCUCCCGAAGGCUUCGCCCCUACUUCCAAAGCCAUCAAGUGGUGGUCAGGACGGAUUUUCCUAUCUCCAAGAUCCUCAGGAAGCCGGACUUAGCCGGACGGAUGGUGGCUUGGGCGGUUGAGCUUUCAGAGUUUGGUUUACGGUAUGAGCCGAGAGGAUCGGUUAAAGGCCAACACUUGGUGGAUUUCGCGGCCGAGUUACCACCGUCAAGCAAGGACGAAUGGAGCUUGUAUGUGGACGGAGCGUCAGGUCGAUCGGUCAGCGGGGCCGGCAUCGUGCUUGAAGGCCCCAACGGAUUCUUGCUGGAGCAUUCAUUGAUCUUCAAGUUCAAGGUAUCCAACAAUCAGGCCGAAUAUGAGGCCCUGGUGGCCGGCCUCGAGCUGGCAAAAGACAUGGGAGCCAGAAGAAUCACCUGCCGGACGGACUCAGAGCUGGUGGUAGGUCAAAUGAAUGGCAACUUCCAGGUCCGAGAGGAACGUUUAUUGCGAUAUUUCCAACGAGCAACGGACCUCGCAAAAGCGUUCGAUAAAGUGGACAUACAGCACAUUCCUAGGGAACAGAAUACGAGGGCGGACGUACUAUCUAAGCUUAGUUCGGGAAAAGAAAAGGGACAGUUGACUACUGUCGUGCGGCAGGUUCUACUUCAGCCUUCAGUAGAGUGUUCGGUAGUGUCCGACGGGGGAAAAGAUUGGCGAACAGAAAUCAGAGAAAUCAUGACCCGUCAGGAUGAAGGGCGGAUGGUAGGCCCUCGCGAAGCCAAGAAGGUCGCCCGGAAUUUUGUGGUGGGAGACGACCUGUACCGCAGAGGAUUUUCUUCCCCUCUCCUUAAGUGCUUGGGAGAUGCAGAAGCACAUUACGUUAUGGACGAGCUCCAUAAUGGCAUUUGCGGCCUGCACACGGGUUGGCGGACACUAAAAGCCCGGCUAUUAAGAGCAGGAUAUUACUGGCCUACCAUUGAGGCGGACACGAAGGCGUUCGUCCAAAAAUGCGUUCGCUGCCAAGAGCAUUCCAACAACUCUCACCUACCGCCGCACGGCCUCCAUUCGAUAACAUCCCCGUGGCCGUUCGCCCAAUGGGGUAUGGACAUCGUAGGAUCGUUUCCAGUAGGACAGGCACAAAAGAAAUUCCUCUUGGUAGCGGUGGAUUACUUUACCAAAUGGGUAGAAGCUGAACCACUGGCCACCAUCACGGCCGCCCAAGUUCAGAAGUUCUGCUGGAAAUUAAUAUGUCGUUUCAGCCUCCCUCGAUUGAUCAUCACAGAUAAUGGCCGGCAGUUUAUCGACAAGAAACUGGCUGAGUUCUUCAAAGGGUUGGGGAUUAAGCACGUCACCAGCUCGGUUGAACACCCCCAGACGAACGGACAAGUGGAGGCAAUGAACAAGGCCAUAGUCUCGGAGCUCAAGCGACGCUUGGGAGAAAAGAAGGGGGCGUGGGUGGACGAGCUACCAGAAGUCCUAUGGGCGUACAGAUGCACGCCUCAUGGAACCAUUGGCGAAACCCCUUUCAACUUAACUUAUGGUACUGAUGCCAUGUUACCGGUAGAACUAGGGGAGCCAUCCCUAAGGCGGCAAGUCGAAGACCUUAGUCUCAACGACCAAGAGCUGAGAAUCGAAUUAGAUUCUCUAGAUGAACGACGAGAUCGGGCGACACUGAGGGCCGAAGCAUGCAAGCGCAUGGUGGAAAAAAAAUACAACUCCAAGGUCCAGCCAAGAAGCUUCUAG